CAAAAGUUCAUAACUGUUUAUCAAUUCAAUACUACUAAAAAUGAAAUCGACCGUCGUGAUUUUUUUCAUUUACCUUCUCCUUGCUCUGCAUUGCUUCGUCGCUAUAGGAUCGGAAAACACGGAUUCGGAGGUGUACGAGAUCGAUUACAGGGGACCAGAGACACAUAACUCUAGACCUUCGCCAGAAACUUCGCACGGCAAGCCACCGUUCAUUCACCAUAAAACCUCCGCCACUGGAUCCGCCAGUGCUCAUGUUGGAGGGAAGAGUAAGAAUAAGAUGCAUGUUCUACCCUUUACUAAUUACUCGUAAAUACUACAGAGAUUAAUAAACUCUCUCUUACCAUUAUUAGACUAGAGACAGAUUUUUUC